ACACACCCCCCCACCCCACCCCUCCCCCUCUCCGUCUCCCCGAGCGUGGCGUCGCGGCGCUGAGGGACGGCGUCGCGGCGAGGCCCGGAUGUGUCGGUUUGGGGCAGUAUGAGGAGACCACAAGGGGACAGCAACAACCAGCGGCGCAAGCUCAGGACAGAAAAGAUGCAGACCCACUGACUGUGCAGCAAAUGCCCAGGAAAGACUUGGGAGUUCAUUUUUACACUGUGACCCUGUGCGAUAUCACUCUCCUGGGGGUAACAGACACAGCAAGGGAGCAGAUGCUGCAAGUGUCUGGGUACAGACCUGGUCCUUAUGCUGAAAUGCUGUGUGCUGCAAUGAUGCCAGCAGAUGUAAUACUGGAGUGGUGCCGGAAAGUGUCCUACUGUGGUGGACAAAGUAAGGCAGCCCUUCCCAGAGACCUUCUGCAAAGGAUUGCAGAGUACCUCCAUGAAAGCUUCCUAGAGAUCUCCAUGGAGGAUUCCCGGGCCAUCCACUACACCUACUUUUUUGUUCAGAUUAAUAUUAAAAAAUAAUAACAUGUAACCCCUACAGUUUGAUUGGAAAUGUUUACUCACCAGAGCUGCCUUCCCCAGCAUCAUGCUCCGCUGCCAACUGGUUCUAUGAAGGGAUGGGCUCCAGGUUUAAAAACAAUUCCUGGCUGUCUGGGAGAAUGGAUCCUCUGCUUGCCUGCCUCACGUUCUUAUCCUCCUCCUCUUCCUCGUCAACAAUGUCCUCCUCAUUGUUGCUCAAGAUCGCCUGGGGCUCCUGGGAGGUAUCGACGGAGCCUUUCGGGGUUGUGGUUGGGUUUUUUAAUGAUAUAAUCAGACUGAUUUUUGUCAUAUUUUGGGUGUCAUAUAUGGCAGACGCUGCUACUGAAUGAAACUAAUGUUGAAGAGCUGCUGGAAGCCUGGAACAGGGACGUAAAUUAUUAUGUUGGUUGUCUUUGAUUACAGCAGUGAUAGUCAAUGUGUCUCACUUGAGGCUCAUCAAACAUAUCCAUAUUUUGUUCUUCUGCUUUAGUAAACAAUUUUGUUAUGGCGCAUUUGAUCUUGAAUAAGCUGACUUCCUGCACUUCUUAAAGUGAGCAAGAGUCCCUUUUUAAGCUUGUUAUUUAACACUUGACAAUGUUUACAUUUUACAUUGCAAGAAUUUUUUUUUGACUACAGUAGAAUCCACUUAUUAGCAACCUGUUGGUUCCCAGCAAAAAAGCUGAUGAUCUAUCUAAAGGUUUCCAGUAAGAUGAAGAUAGAUUUGCAUGGCUGCAGCUAGUGAAGGAAGCGCUAGGGUGUGCUUUCCCUGGCUGCAGCCCUGCAGACUUACCUGCAGCUGGAAGGGGAGGCUGUGAGCAGGGCAGCAGUGAGGUCUGUGGGGCUGCAGUCAAGGAGGGCACAUAGAUUCAUAGAUAUUAAGGUCAGAAGGGACCAUUAUGAUCAUCUAGUCUGACCUCCUGCACAACGCAGGCCACAGAAUCUCACCCACCCACUCCUACGAAAAACCUCACCUAUGUCUGAGCUAUUGAAGUCCUCAAAUCGUGGCUUAAAGACUUCAAGGAGCAGAGAAUCCUCCAGCAAGUGACCCAUGCCCCAUGCUGCAGAGGAAGGCAAAAAACCUCCAGGGCCUCUUCCAAUCUGCCCUGGAGGAAAAUUCCUUCCCAACCCCAAAUAUGGUGAUCAGCUAAACCCUGAGCAUAUGGGCAAGAUUCAUCAGCCAGAUACCCAGGAAGGAAUUGCUGGGAUUUGCCUAACCCAAGGCCCAAUUGCAAGAGCAGGAUGCAGCACAGAGAGGUACUGUGUAGCCCUCUGGAUCCCCAGCAUCUGCUCCCCACAGAAGGUCCCAGCAUCUGGGCUUCAGUCCCCCUUCCUACUGCUGCCCGGCCUGCAGCCUCAGGCAGGUUUGUAGGGCUGCAGCCAGGGAAGGCACAUCAAAAAGUUGUCAGUUGGAUACUGGCGACAGGCAUGUGACUUAAGUCCCAUUAACAUUAGAGUCAAUGGGAAGGGAUUGGUUCCCAGCACAAUGUUGUUCUUAAUCAGUUGUUAAUAAUAGGAUUAUUAUUAAGCACCGUCCACUAUAUAAUCAAUUGUUUUUGUUUUACCGCUUCCUUCAAUUUCAGAGAUGUUAAGUCAGAUACAUUCAUAUACUGUUUAGUGAUUACUAAACGCUAAUCUUCUGUUCACUCUGUUGACCAGCAGCUUCCAUGUUUACUGCAAUUAGAAUGAGAAACAACCGCGUAGUGAAUUCAGCCAUACGAAAACUGAAAAAUAAAGCCAGCUUUAAACAGAACUGUGGUUUCAAGUGCCCUGACCACCUUCUGGAAGCUUAUCGAUCCUUGCAAAGCAAGUUCUUGUAACAUUUCCCACUCCUCUCUUGUGAACAUUCAGUAACAGUAGAGUGAAGACAGUCUAGCUAUUUCUUUCACUGAAUUGUGAAAUCCUGUUUAAUCUUCAAACUGGCGAUGUCAAGGGUGCCGAGUCCUCCUCCUCCGGCAGAAAUGUCGAGUGGACCUGUAGCAGAAAGCUGGUGCUACACUCAGAUUAAGGUGGUAAAGUUUUCAUACAUGUGGACCAUAAACAAUUUCAGCUUCUGCCGGGAGGAAAUGGGUGAGGUCAUCAAAAGUUCAACCUUUUCAUCAGGAGCCAAUGAUAAACUGAAAUGGUGUUUGCGUGUGAACCCUAAGGGCUUGGAUGAAGAAAGUAAAGAUUACCUGUCCCUUUACCUAUUAUUGGUUAGCUGUCCAAAGAGUGAAGUUCGUGCAAAGUUCAAAUUCUCCAUCCUCAAUGCUAAAGGAGAAGAAACAAAAGCAAUGGAGAGCCAGCGAGCAUAUCGAUUUGUACAGGGCAAGGACUGGGGAUUCAAGAAGUUCAUUAGAAGAGACUUUCUCUUGGAUGAGGCCAAUGGACUUCUUCCAGAUGACAAACUCACUCUCUUCUGUGAGGUGAGUGUGGUACAGGACUCAGUCAAUAUCUCUGGCCAGAACACCAUGAACAUGGUGAAGGUACCUGAGUGCCGCUUGGCGGAUGAGUUAGGAGGACUCUGGGAGAAUUCUCGCUUCACGGACUGCUGUCUGUGUGUUGCAGGCCAGGAGUUCCAGGCUCACAAAGCCAUACUGGCAGCACGUUCCCCAGUUUUCAGUGCCAUGUUUGAACAUGAGAUGGAAGAAAGUAAAAAGAAUCGGGUUGAAAUCAAUGAUGUGGAACCUGAAGUUUUUAAGGAAAUGAUGUGCUUUAUUUACACGGGGAAAGCACCAAACCUCGACAAAAUGGCUGACGAUCUGCUGGCAGCUGCAGACAAGUAUGCUCUGGAACGCUUGAAGGUGAUGUGCGAGGAUGCACUGUGCAGUAACCUGUCUGUGGAAAACGCAGCUGAGAUUCUCAUCCUGGCUGACCUACACAGUGCUGAUCAGCUAAAAACUCAGGCUGUGGACUUCAUUAACUAUCAUGCUUCUGAUGUCAUGGAGACCUCAGGCUGGAAGUCCAUGGUGGUAUCACAUCCCCAUUUGGUGGCUGAGGCAUAUCGCUCUUUGGCCUCUGCACAGUGUCCCUUCCUGGGACCACCACGUAAGCGACUGAAGCAAUCAUAAGGCCGUGCCUGUCACAUGACCCCAUGUUUUUCUGGAAGCAGCAGCAGCCAUUGCUGCUCUGACCUUGACCAUCAGGUAGACAGCGCAAUCUGAGGAGCUUUUACUCUGUUGUGGGGGGAAAGACUGCUUCAUGACACCCAGACUUUUAAAAACAGCACCAAGUAACUUGGGGAGAGGGGGGAGGGUGGGCCUGGGGCUCAGGGGCUGUUCAACUUAACGAAUCCCUGUCGCUGCAUCGUCUGUGUGUUCCCUUCGACUUGGCUGAGUCAAAAACUACGGGGUUCUGUAUAAGCACCUGCCCACUCAGACUAUCCCAGUAGUGGUACUGGCGGGAAAUAACGUUUCUGUGUCUGACAGCACAGAAAAAAUCGUCAGACACCUGGAGCAAAGAGGACGUUUUAGUUUUGGAGAGAGUAGGAAAAGAAGAGAAUUUCCAGUGAGGUUCCGAAGAGGAAAUACAUGGUGGGAGCUCCAGUAGUAUUUAUAUAAAAGAAUUUAAGUCCUUCCAGUUGUGCUAAAAACUGGACAUUUGUGUAACUCCUUAAUGCCAUUCAGCAACAAGAAGAUCAGUUUCUCUGUUAGUAGCACUUGUAUGUUGAUUGCAAAAAAAAAAAAAAAAAAAAAAAAAAUCUUUAUACUGAAUGACAAGUUGAAGUGAAAAGGGACAGCAAAAAGCUGUGUGCUGAGGAGGAUGUGAAUAGACUAAAGGCAGCCUUUGCAAAUCUACAUUGGCUUUCCAGGACCGGGAAAUCCUUGCUCUGAAGUGUGCUGUCUGACGAGGACAAUGGUUACCUGUUUUUAGAUAUUGUGGGAAAUGUUUUUGGCAUUUUUCCCUUCUUUAUUUUUUCCCCCUUUUUUUAAAAAAAAAAAAAAAAAAGGAGAAGUUUUAUUGUUCAUGAAUGCUGCGUCAAAGGUCCCUGUCCUGAGUUGCUAAAUGAUUCUUAUCAACUGUUUGUACCUGACUUGCUGACUGUCUAGGAGCCAGUCCUGUUCCUUUCUAUUAGUCACUCUUCUUACAGGGAAGAAGUUCCAAAAUAGCUGGUAAUUUUUUUCUUUUUGAAAAUAUAAAUAAUUACUAUUUUGUA